UCUCCUUCCAUUUUUCGUAGAUCAGCAUCUGAACAGCUGCGCAUUUUUUUCUCUAUGGCAGAAAACACAUUCCUAGGUUAAACGCUGGUGUUAAAAGGGGGCUGCUAUUUAGACCGUCAGGGAAGGCGUUGCCACCUUGCUGCAGACGGGAUUUCCGCUGAUUGCUUUCAGUGCCAUUUCAUCUCCAUUCCGUGUGCUCGGUGCCUUGCUCUGUCGCGGGCCCCCCAUUUUCCCGUAACCAACCCCUUAGAGCCAAUCGAGAAGUAAAGGAGCGAAAACACGCCCUCCCGCUCCCAAUUUCCCUUGCUCGGCUGCUCGCCAACCGCAGAGCCGAUCGAGACGGAGCCGCUGUCAGCUCUUUAACCCGGCUAGGUUGCCGCUGCCGCCGCCGCCAGAUUCCGGAGGUGAAGAACCGAAAGCCAAGAAGACAUGGACGUGAAUAUCGCCCCACUCCGCGCCUGGGACGAUUUCUUCCCGGGCUCUGACCGCUUCGCCCGGCCGGACUUCAGGGACAUUUCCAAAUGGAACAACCGUGUGGUGAGCAACCUGCUGUACUACCAGACCAACUACCUGGUGGUGGCUGCCAUGAUGAUUUCCGUCGUGGGGUUUCUGAGCCCCUUCAACAUGAUCCUCGGGGGAAUCGUGGUGGUGCUGGUGUUCACGGGGUUUGUGUGGGCAGCCCACAACAAAGACAUCCUCCGCCGGAUGAAGAAGCAGUACCCCACGACUUUCGUGAUGGUGGUCAUGCUGGCUAGCUACUUCCUCAUAUCCAUGUUUGGCGGCGUCAUGGUCUUUGUGUUCGGCAUCACUUUCCCUUUGCUGUUGAUGUUCAUCCAUGCCUCGCUGAGACUUCGGAAUCUCAAGAACAAGCUGGAGAAUAAAAUGGAAGGCAUAGGGCUGAAGAGGACACCCAUGGGCAUUGUCCUGGAUGCCCUAGAACAGCAGGAAGACAACAUCAACAAAUUCACUGAGUACAUCAGCAAAGUGAAGGAGUAAAUGGUAGCUUCUCUGGUGAUAGGGUGGCAGCAGAAAUAGAGUUACCAUUCACCCUUGACCAGACCCACUUUCUGUUUGUGUUUUUGAAAUAGGAGGCACACGCACACCCAACUACCUAUGGCAGCAUGCAUGUGUAGGCCCAGCCGUUAACAGCUCUGGUGUUACAGAGGAAAGGCCUCAAAAACUGAAAGAAAACACUCCCCACCCUGCCCAGCACGUCCAGAGUUUCAAGUUUGUUUAUGCAAACUGGUAGGAAAUGGCUCAUGACUAUUUCUUGAGAGGAGUAAAAGAAUUAGGGAUUCCACAGCAACAAUACUGCUAUCUUGCAGGGGAGAAAGUAGUUGUAAAAUAUCAAGGCCAUAGGAGUACAUGAAAGGCUGUUGAAGUAGAUAAUGCCACGCGUGAGCUUGUAUCAAAUCCCCUUGAGCUAAUCCCUCCCCGGAAAAUUCCCUAGGAUUCUCAUGUGUGGGGUAUAAAUUAGCUGAGUUUUUAUUAUUAUUCUUUUAAAAUCAAAGAUGAUCUCUAUCACUUGGCCUCCUGUUUGACGUGCAGUGGAAACUGGAGAAACCAGUUGUUUAUACUUUGUUUACAAAUAUAAAGAUAGCUGUCUAGAAUAUUUUGUUAAAGUUUUGUAAAUUUUUGAAAUGCUAGUCAUAUGUUUUUCUCCAGCCUGUACUCGUUGCAAACUUCAUGGUUUCUUCCUUACAGAGAUUACAGCUGUGUUACCUGUAUUAUUCUUGACAGACUUGUUUAAAAAAAAGACAAAAUAAAUAAAGCGAAAUGAGUUUGGUUUAUAUAGCACUUUGUUGUUAUAAUGAAAAAAAGUGUUUAAGAGUAUUUCAAAUUUUUUUAAAUUGUUUAAUUCUUAACUGGAACAUUUGGCCAGAAGGAAAUGAAUUUACAUCUUCUUAAUUCUUGUGCUCUCAGAGAGCAAAAUAGGCUCUUUGAAAUUUGAAAAUCAUCUUGAAAUGACCAAGCAAAAAGACUUAAAAAUGACAAUGACCAGCUUCUGCAGUUCGUCAGAAUUUUACACAUCAAUUGUUACAGCCAUACGCUUUUAUAGAUACACAUUAGAAUUAAGAUAGCAUGGGUUUAUAUAUUCUAUUACUUUCAUCUCUUUUUCUCUUAUGUGUUUAGGAAUAGGUUAUAAAAAAUUUUUGCUUACCCACUGAGUGAUUUCAAAGGUGGCGUGGAAAGCAUUUAGGUUUCCCUAAUGGUGAGCUGGGAAGAGAACUGGAUCAGUACUUACUGAAGAAACUCUCUGUGUGUCCUAGGAUGAAGAAGCAAUAGUAUGUGCUGUGCUUAAUUUUUCUUGUAUCGUUGUUUCUCAGCUAAGGUACAGCCUUCCUGUUAACACAUCAUUAUCACCAGGACUUCACAGACAUGGUCUAGAAUCUGUAUCCUUACCCAAAAGCGAAGAAUAAAAUUGAUCAAAGUUGUAA